AUUUAUUCACCUAUGGUGAUACCGCUAUAUCAUGGAGAUCAAUGAAGCAAACAUUAACUGCAACAUCAUCAAAUCAUGCAGAAUUAAUUGCUCUUUAUGAAGCAGGUCGUGAGUGUGUCUGGUUGAGAUCAAUGAUCCAGCACAUACAAAAUGAAUGCGGUAUAAAAUCUUUUACUUCUAAUCCUACUGUGAUUUAUGAAGAUAAUACAGCAUGUAUAGCUCAGAUCAAAGGAGGUUACAUCAAAGGGGACAGAACAAAGCAUAUAGCACCAAAACUUUUCUCCACACAUGAUCUUGAGAAGGACGGAACGGUUGAUGUCAAACAAAUCAAGUCAUGCGACAACCCUGCUGAUUUGUUCACAAAGUCAUUGGCACCGAAGAAAUUUGAAGAACUGGUCCAUAAAAUUGGAAUGUAUCGUCUUCGAGAUAUGUGUUAAAUUGAGGGGGAGUAAUAUAAUGCACUGCACUCUUUUUCCCUUCGUCAGGUUUUUAUCCCACUGGGUUUUUCUUGACAAAGGUUUUUAACGAGACAGUACAUUAUAAUACUAUGAAACUAAUACCCCAGAAUAAUUAGAAGAUGACCAUUCAAGGGGGAGUGUUGAAAUAUAUUGAAUAGUCAUCUUCCAACUAUUCAUGAUCAGGAACACUUAUCAUCAUUGUUAAUAUAAAUAAGAAAUCAUAAUUAUGAUUUCUAGAUGGUAAUUGUAUGGCUCACAAUUAGCCCCUGAUCUAGACAUGAUUACAUUUUCUCCUAUAAAUAGGAGUAUUCUCCUUCAUUGUAAAUACACCAUUAUCACACUUCUAAUAACAUCUUUCUCACUAAGUAUUCAUACUAUACUUUAUCUCCCUGAUCUUCUGCUUAUUUCCUUCCAUAUUAUAAC